AUGGCCGCCUCCGUCGUGCCCUCGCGUGCACGGGCGGGGGGUCGCCUCCCGGAGCCCAGCCCGGGCCCCACUCCCACCCCCUCUAGCCCCACGCAGGAGCCCUACCACGUCCGCCUUAUCCUGCAAACAGAUUCCCUGCGCGGCCCUGCCCUGUCUUCCUCCGAAACCUAUGUCAUCCGCUGGCAGCGCGGCACUCGCCAAGUCAAGACCUCACGCCCCGCUUCCAUCUCUGCCACGGGCAACUACACCGCAAAGCUCUCCCUUUACGUUACCGUCCGCCGCGCUGGCCCCGCCUUCAUCGCAGACAACCCCGCUGACCCGUUAGACUCCACAAUCCAGCUUUUGCAAUCCCCCGACGUGGCCCCCAUUGCCGAGACGCGCAUCGACAUCCCCGGCUUUCUCCAGGCUCUGGUCCAGGCCGGCCGCAAGUCGCUGCCCCUCUCCCUCGCACUCGCCCCGGCAGUCGACCUUGGUGCCACCCUCACCUUCAACACUAUUGGCGGAAGCUCCCUCACCCCAUACACAGAGCCCGGACGCCCAGCACCAAUGCUGGCCGGUAUGCCACCGCACUCUGCCCUUGCGCUAUCUGAUCCCGGUGAGGCCGCUGCAGCGGCCGAGCUCGAGCGCUUGCGUGCGGAUGUCAGGGAAAAGGAAGGCAGGAUUGAUAAGCUUGCAGACUCUACCGACAAGCUCGACCGCGCCGUGCAGGAGCAAGCCCGUCUGGCCAAUGGCGCUGUUCCGGCGGGGGACGUCGCGGCACUGCAUGUGCGUAUCAAAUAUCUUGAGGAGGAGAAGGCUUCGGUCGAACGCGAGAAGGAAGAGGUUGAGAAGAAGGUCGCCGCACACGUUGCUCAUGCGCAAAAGAUUCGAAACACUUACAACCAGCUCGCAGGCUGGUAUAACAACUUGCGGAAGGAGCACGUCGAACUCCAGGCAAAGCAUCCAUCGCCGAUAGGAGACCAGACCACCACCGACAGGGAACUUCCACAGGAUGUGCCCACCACACAUGAAGCAGAAAUGCGCAGCCUUGAACGAGAACGCAAUGAGCUGCAGGACCUGCUUGACCGCGAACGAUCGGAAAAGAAGGAGAUUCAUUCACGCAAUUCCGAAUUGCUCGAGAGCAAGGCCCGAACGCUGGUCGAACUGAGAGAACAGUGGGACGUUACUCAGAACACACUGUCCACCACACAGAGGUCUAAAGAGGAACAGAUGGAAAAGCUGCACGUUCUAGAACAGUCCGUCACGGAAUUGCAAGCCCAGCUGGAAAUCAAAGAAGCGGAAGUGUCCCAGCGGUCGAGAGAACUUGCCGACGCGACUGCUGCUACGGAAAUGGCCAUGAGCCAGCACGAACAUCACAUUCAACAAGCUGUCAAGGCUGCAGUUGAUGAAGCAAAAGCAGAAGCGGAGCGUGAGCUCGACGAGCAAAUUAAACGGCAUAAAGAGGCAGUCGAACAAUUAAGAAUAGAUGCAGACAGCGCUCGAGACACCAUCCGCGAGAAGCAACGAUCGGAGCUCAAAGCAGAGUUCGAUGACGAGUUGGAACGAAUCAAAAAGAACGUUCAGGACGAACAGGCGGAGAUGUAUGCUGAGAAAUUAAGCCUUCUUCACAGUGAACGCGAUGCAAUCGUAGAGGAAAAGGAAGAAAACGUCAAAAAAGCGUUGGCAGAGGCCAAGGAGUCGUCUGCGGCAACUGCAGAGGCUAGACAAAUGUGGGAAGAGAAGUUGACAAGAAAUGAGAAGGAACGGCUUGCGCUUGAGGAGAAGGUACGAGACCUGAUGCAAUCGAGUGCGGCAUUAGAAGAAGAAAAAUCAAGGUCUUUAACUACGAUGGAGGAAGCUCAUCGGAGCGAAGUCACGGAGCUUCAGAGUGCCAAAGAGCAUGUGGAGGCCGAACUGUCCAGAGCGCAGGAAGCCCUAAAAGAUGAGAAGAAAGUCACUCCUAACCACGGAGAUAACGAAAGCGUUGUCGUUGCAGUCCAGGAAGAGUUGAGGCAAGCCAAGGCGGAGGUAGAAGCUCUGCAAAAGGAAAAUGCGCAAAUGCAAUCUUCGCCAAGAGACGUGCAAGUGACUGGAAGUGGAAAUCACGAAAAUGCCGCAGAGCUUGAACGAGAAAUUUCAGAAUUGCGAGUUCUUCUCAAAAGAGAAAGUGACAAGAAGUCAGAGGCGACCAGGCUGCUGCAAAACGCGGAUGCAGAGCAUGAUGAGUUGCGCGCAAUGGUGACUAGACUGCGUUCAGAACGGGAUGAAGCGCAACAAGGAGCGAAACUAACCAAGAACGAUGUCUCCAAUCCGGAGGUUGGCCCGACUGCGUCAAGAAGUGCGUCUAACAUAGAAAAUCAUCUCGACUCUUGCAACUUUUUAGAGGAGAGGGACAAGGCACUGAGGGAAGUAUUCAGGGUAAGAAAAUUGAUGAAGAAGGAAAUCAGUCGUCUGAAGAAGGAGAAUGACGAGCUAAGUCGUCAAGUAGAAAACGAGAACCGCACGGACAGCGAGGGUGUAGAGCGAUCUCUUACGGGCUCCAGUGCACCUGAAGUAUCAGAGAUGAAGACUGAAAGGGACCACGCUCUGGCGCAGCUGCAGCAACUGCGGGCAAGUAUGAAUGAGGCGAAAGAAGUGCGAUCAGCUGAGUUGAACAGAGCUAAAGACAAUGCCGAAGCUUCUAUAGGAGCUCUCAAAUUGGAGAUGGAAGCUUUCAAAGAUUCUGCGAAAUCCAGAGAGGAGUUGCUUGAAGCUAAAAUUGCAAGACUCGACCAGGACCUUAAACUGGAGGUUUCUUCAUCACAUGAGCUAUCUGAAAAGCUUCAUCGGAGUGAGGCAUCGCUAGUAGAAGAGCAAUCAAAGGUGCAUGCAGAGCGUCUCGCGAAGGAGAAGGAAACGACACGUUUAGGAACUCUUUUAGAGAAUUUGAAAUCACAGGAGGCUUCUUUGUCCACUGAGCUCGCCACUGAAAGGGGUCAGCGCGAAGAAAUGCACCGUUUACUCUCGGUAGCAGACACAAAGUUGGCAAAAUUAGAGACAGAGCUUUCGCACGGGCAAGAGAGCCGCCGUGAAAACUUGGAUACUAUAAGGACUAUCGCAAUCGAAAGAGAUCAAGCGCAGGAGGCAUUAAAGCAAGCUGAAAAACGCCUCGAAGUGUCUCAGAUGCGUGUCUCAGAUGUUCAGCAGGAGCUAUCCGAAGCAAAAGAGAAGUUACAGAAUCUGGAAUCUUCCCGAGAGUACCUCCAGAAGGAGGCAAGCGAAGUAGGUGGUAGAAAUCAAGCUGUCGGUGAGGAAGUAGCCGUGCUGCGGGCAGACCUCAAGCAGACUCAAGUGGAGUUAAGCAAAGCGUUGCGGGAUCUUGAAAUUGAAGUGCAAAAGGGUUCCCAUCGUGCCGAAAGAGAAAACGCAUCUACACUAGAAUUGCAAAAACAGAUUGAAGCGCUAACAGCCGAGUGUAAUACCAUGCAAUCCAAGUAUGACGAUAAGGUGAAGGCGUAUCGAGCCGUACAAGAAUCCCGCAAGAAUAUUGAUUUGUCGUUAAAUGAAACUCAGGCUAGCUUAGCCAGCCUAGAGCAGGCUGUAUCAGAGAAAGAUGAGAAAUGUCACCGGUUAGAGGCAAUGCUGUCCGACGUGGAAAUGGCGAGGGAGCAGACGACUUCCAAAUUGAAGUCUUCUAAUCAAAAUGAAAGUAUAGCAAAGCAGGAGCUCGAGAGGCUGAAAGCAGAAAUCAAUUCUUUAACGAAAGAAAAAGCCAUUGCAUCUGAAAACGUCAGAGAGUUAAGUGCAAUGCGUGACCAGCUCAGUGUCAUGCAUGAGGAGAACGUGGAGAUGGUCUUAGCGGAAAGAGAACGAGCUGACCGGGAAACAAAAAGGGCUGCGGAUUUGCGGAAGGAAGUACAAAGUGCAAUGUUAGAGGUUGACAACGUAAGGGCUGAAAUGGAAGAGCUGCAAGCAAGGUGUUCCGAACUGAAGAAGGAGAAUGCAUCAUUGAAGGAGGUUGGAGAUGAACGCGAAUCAGAUUUGACCAAGCGGACCGACGAUUUAAUUGGUGCUCGCAUGUCACUUGCUUACGCACAGGAAGAAGUUGUUCGAUUGCGAAACCGGUUAAGAAAACUUGCACAGAGUGGUCAGGGCAGCUUGUCUUUUGAGCAAUAGAAGAAAGCGAAAGCGAUUGAACCGCCCCGUCGCAGAUAGGCAGCACACGAGAGAAUCCCUCGUGAAUAGAAACCUGUGGUCAUCGAUUCCUACUAACACGAAAGGAGAGCGUUUGCUUCGGCCUCCAAAACUCCUUCUACUUGACAUCUGCUAUUUUGAACACCCCCGCGAGAAGAGCUUAGGCAUGUUUGGUCCAUGAUCUCAGCGCGGUGUCACAACAAAUCCGAAACACUAUUGCUACAAUGAGCUCUAUUUAAAACUAAGGUCUGUUUAUUUUACUUCACAGGCAGAGUCACAAAAUUAGUAAAAACUUUUGUCU